AUGCGGCGGCUGACAGACGUUCUUGUCUUUGUGGGGCCUAGUGGGAGCGGUAAGUCGACGCUAAUCAACCACCUGCUGGAGCGAUGGCCGCAGCACUUCGGCUUCUGCACAAGCCAUACCACGCGGCAGCCGCGGUUGGCGGAAGUGGCGGGGAAGCAUUAUCACUUCGUCUCUCGGGAGACAUUUCGGCAUAUGAUCAAUAGUGGUGCCUUUGUGGAGUACAACAAAGUGUUCUCCCCGUCAAGGACCGAUGGGGCGCGUGGGAGCAGCAAUAACGAUAGCACCAAUGCCGCCGAUGACUCCGAUGAUGCAGAUUACUAUGGUACGACAAAGAAGGAACUUUAUAAGAUUCUAAAUCAAGACAAAGUUGUACUAAUGGACCUUGAUAUUGCGGGGGCAAUGAAUAUCAAGAAGUACUGCAAUUGCAGUGUCAAUGGGGAUAAGCAGCCGCAGCUUCGCGUCAAAGUCGUCUUUUUGAAGGGACCAGGGCUCGAGGUUAUCGCGCAGCGCCUGCGCCAGCGAGGGACGGAGUCGGACGCUUCGUUGCAGAAACGCCUGCGCGAGAACGAGAAGUGGCUCAACUGGUGCUUGACGAAUCCAAAUUUCUUUAAUCAUACACUUCUUAACCGUGACCUGGAAACGUGUUUGGCGGAGCUGCGAGGGUUUGUAGCGACACAAGUGUUGUCCCCCGCCAGUGCGCUGUAA